AUGGGAGAUUCACAAGGGAAUGGUAAAAGAAAAGAUUACAAAACUUGGAAUGCUGAAGAGAGCAAUGUUUUGCUUCAACUUAUGGUUGAAGGCGCCAAACUUGGAUUGCGUGAUAUUAAUGGUGUGAUAAGCAAACAAACAGUAGAGGCGAAGCUACUUCCUAAACUGAAGGAAAAACUUGGUUGUGAAAUAAGUUUUAGUCAUUACCAAAGUAGAGUGAAAUGGUUUAAGAAACAAUACACCAAUUACUCUCAACUUAUGCGUCAUAGUUCUGGAUUUGGGUGGGAUCCGAUCACAAAGAGAUUCACUGCUGAUGAUGAAGUAUGGGCAGAUUAUUUGAAGUCACAUCCAACGCAUGGGCACUUUCGGUCAGAAACUUUUCCAGACUAUGAGGACUUGAAAAUUGCAGUUGGAAAUGGAACUGCAACUGGAAUGGGCUCAAUCAGUUUAGGUGAUGAUACAGAUGCCUCUACAUUUGGAGCGGAAGAAAACGGACCUUGGGGAAUUGAUGGAUUAGUUUUUGAUCGAAAUACUAACAUGUUCAUGCAAAGUGAAAAUGAGUCAUCACACCAAGAAAACUCGCCAUCUCUUUCACAACAACCCUCCCAAGGUACCAAUGUAGAUGCUCCACCACAUAGCAGGACUCAAGGAAAACGGAGUAGGACUGACUAUGAAAAUAAUAGCGGCUCAAAGGGGGCAACUAGUCAGGCUGAGGUUUUAGAAAACUUAUCAAGUGGCAUUGGUAAAAUUGUCACAAGUUUUGAUAAAAUUUGUGGCUUAAUGGAGAAGAGAGAAUCAAGAGAGAGUGAUCUUUUGGAUGCUAUGAACGAGACCCCAGGAUUAACUGAUGAGGCUUGCUUUAUGGCUCUUGAUUUGCUUAAUACUAAAGCAAAGCAAGAUUUCUUCUUGAAGAUGACUCCUGAACAACGACAUAAUUGGAUCACCUAUAAACAAAUGCAAUAG